AUGUUGAACAAGCUGUCCGGGCAGCCGGAGAGCUACGAGAGGAAGACACAGUACAAGUUUGGUCGAACAUUGGGCGCGGGUACCUACGGCAUUGUUCGCGAAGCCGAUUCCCCUUACGGCAAGGUUGCCGUCAAGAUCAUCCUCAAGAAGAAUGUCCGCGGUAACGAGGGCAUGGUUUACGAUGAGCUCGAGAUGCUGCAGCAGCUCAACCAUCCCCACAUCGUCCACUUUGUUGACUGGUUUGAAUCCAAGGAUAAAUUCUACAUUGUCACGGACCUGGCCGUGGGCGGCGAGCUGUUUGACCGGAUUUGCGAAUACGGCAAGUUCACGGAGAAAGACGCCUCGCAGACGAUGCGGCAGGUGUUUGAUGCUGUCAACUAUCUCCACGAGCGCAACAUUGUUCACCGAGAUCUGAAACCCGAGAACCUUCUGUAUCAGACGCGCUCCCCUGACUCCCAAUUAGUGCUGGCAGAUUUCGGUAUCGCCAAGACGCUGGAGAAUCCGACCGAGGUGCUCACUAGUAUGGCCGGUUCAUUCGGCUAUGCAGCGCCCGAGGUCAUGCUCAAGCGAGGCCACGGUAAACCGGUCGAUAUCUGGUCGCUCGGUGUCAUUACCUACACGCUGCUGUGCGGCUACUCCCCUUUCCGGUCCGAGAACCUGACCGACCUGAUCGAAGAAUGCCGGGCGGGCCGCAUCAUUUUCCACGAGCGGUACUGGAAGGGCGUCUCGCAGGAUGCCAAGAACUUCAUCAUGACCCUUCUCCAGCCUGACCCGAAUAAUCGUCCCACCUCGCAAGAGGCCCUCAAGCACUCCUGGCUCAAGGGCGAGUCGGCCAGCGACCGCGACCUGCUGCCCGAGCUCCGCGCCUACAUUGCCAAGGCGCGCCUUCGCCGCGGCAUCGAGAUUGUCAAGCUCGCCAACCGCAUUGAGGCGCUUAAGAUGCACGAGGACGAGGCGGACGGGGACGAUAUCCCCAGCCCCACAGCCAUGGCUGAAGCAGCUGUUGAUGGUGAGGCAGCUCCCGCUGAAUCGAAUGGUGAGGGCAAGAAGAAGCGCAGUCUGGGCGAUGUUGCCAAGGGGGCCAUCUUCCGAGAAGUGGUGCUGGCCAAGGUGCGUGAGAUGAAGGAAAACGAGGAACUGGAGAAGGUGGAGCGCGAGGCCCGGGAGAAGGGGUCGCAUUGA